UAGAAAACGAGUUUCAGAUGUAAGCCUUAUUAGUAGCUUAUCAGUAAUAGAAUAUCUUUAUGAAGAUGAACUAAGUGGAAUAACUUUUAUAGAAAGACAUUUACCUUCAGAAAGUAACGCCAGCAAUGAAAGUACUGUCGGUGAAUUAACUCUAGAUUCUGAGGCAACCGAUAUUUAUGACUGGUCUUCAAUUAACAAUACCACUUCAGCCUCAGCACAAGUUACCGCACUGACUUUGGAGAAAGAGUCUCACAGCCAAGUCAACCACGAAACAAAUGUUCAUCAAACAGAGGAAGCAGAAGAAUGCAAUCUUCAAAAUUUGCAGAAUUUAACACCGCAAGACAUAAAACAGAGACUGCUUAAAUAUGAUGAAUCUUGUGGUCCUAUCACCUCCUCCACUAGACAGGUAUACCUGAGACGCCUUGCCUCUUUAGAGUCAAAUCCAGGCAGGAUAGGAUUAUCUAAAAAAGUCCCAGGUUAGUCUGAAACUAUAUUUUAUUAUUAUUAUGAAAAUGUCUUUUUUUUAAAAAAAAAAACUAAUUUUUUGAAGUUCAAAUUUAAAUACUAAGGUGUAAUGAUGCAUACUGAAAUGAAAAAAUGUGUUUUGCUUUCACUUUGAUGCAAAUUAGUUUUAAGAACUGAGUUGUUUUUUUCCCCUAAAAAAUACAGAGAAGAUUUAAAUUUUGUUUAUCAUUCUAUUUACUGUACUUUUAUUAAUACUUUCACCUAUUUUCAACCUCUUGCAGAUUAUCCCUCAGAAAUGUGUGAUGCGUUAUGUGGAAAAUUUGAAUCAAAAAUUGUUGAAGAUCUGGAAGCAAAAUUGGUUGACUCAUUUAACAUCAAUGGUCGCCAGUGGAGGGAAGGUUCUCAAAAAUCUUCAUUCACUUAUUUGCUCCUUGACCCACGCAUCACUAGAAAUCUUCCUCUCAGAGCAAAGGACCUACGUAAGUCAAAGUCAGACAGAUGACAUUUUUGUUUUUUUACAUCUUCCAAUUAUGAACCAUUUUGUAAACUUUUCUUAUUGAUUUUCAGAUAAAGAGCCAGAUUCUUAUAGACAUUACAGCUCAAACGAGAUGACAUGGAAUUAAAAAAAAAAAUGUAACAGUAACAGCAAAGAAUUCAAGGCUAUUAUUAUAGCUACUCAGAUUGCAAAGCAAUGAGUAAGAAGACAUUUAUUGACAGGUAUUUUUCACAUUGGCUACAAUUUGUCCAAUAAAGGGUAGAAUUCAGCAAUUUGAAAGAGAUUUUUUUUAAACAGAAAUAUUCAAAAAUUUAAAUGAUUUGAAUGUUUAUUUUUUUUACAGCUGAAUCGGAAGUAUUUAAAACUUUCAUCCAUGCUACCUUUUACAUUGGAAAAGGUAAACGAUCAAGACCCUACAGCCAUUUGUACGAGGCAUGCACUAAAAUGAAAAGAGAAUCUAGAAAAGUAGGUUAACUUCCUUGAAUUUUAUUUAUUGAUAAGCCCUUUACAAAUGUGGUGUUCAGACCUGUUUACUUUCAAGAUCUUAAAAUCGUACAAAAUCAUCACAAAAUCUUUCAAAACAUUAUCUUAAUAGUAAAAAAACCAUGCAGUACAUAUAAUGUAUACACCUGAAAAUCGUACAUUGUACGCCAAAAUCGUAAGAGUAAACAGGUCUGGAUGUUGCACCAAGUGUGGUGUGUCUGUCCAUAUUCUUAUCAGUAUCAGUAAUACAGAUGUACUUUUUCAUUUACACUCUAAACACCGUUGCUUCUUAAUGCUCUGUUUAUUUCUCAGACAAGUACUAAAGUAACACACAUACUUGACAUUUGGAAUGCAGGGUUUGGUGUGGUAUCUCUGCACUGUUUCCAGUCAGUAAUACCAGUUGAGGCAUAUACCAGAGAAGCUUGCAUGUUGGAAGCUAUUGGUUUGUUUAAACUUUUUUCUUUUAAUCAUGCUUUGCUACCAUUUUAUUUACUAUGGUGCAUGAAUCUUAUGUUUAAAUAUGAAAGUGUAUUUAUUAAUGAAGCUUUUAAUAGUUUUAUGUGAAAUGCUAGCAGUGUGUUCUUUCAUCAGGUCUCCAUAAGGUAACAAAUUUAAAGAAAGGUGAUUUUUAUGGAGCCGCCUCUACAUGGUCACCACAACAACGCAGACAGUUUGGAGUGUAUUUGUUACAAAAAGCCCUGCAAAUAUUUUUAGCUGAAGGAGAACGGCAGAUUUGUGUUCCUGAUCUCAAGAGAAGCUAG